AUGUCCCGUGCUGAAAACUUCCCUGAAAACAUCAAAAAGUUCAUCGUCAAAAGCGCUCCAGCGACGAUGAUCUAUAUUCCGAAUUGGAUUGACGAGGAAGAGGAGAACCUCUACAAAUCAUGCAUCGAGAACGCACCACAACCAAAAUGGCGGGUUCUCGCAAAUCGGCGGCUCCAAAAUUACGGAGGAGUCGUGGGAAAAACGGCUCUCAUUCCAACUGAUGAUUUUCCAGUGGAACUGAAAUACUUGAUGACCAAAAUCAACGAUCUCGGGAUUUUCAAAAAUCCAGUCAACCACGUUCUGGUGAACGAGUAUGAAGCUGGUCAGGGAAUCAUGCCCCAUACAGAUGGUCCUGCUUUCCAUCGAAUCGUCACUACAGUAACCCUGGGAUCUCAUUGUCUUUUAGAUAUGUAUGAUCCUGUUGAUCAAGAGAUUGCAAAAAGCGAAGAGGAGAGAUAUGUCGGCUCGAUGCUCCUGGAGCCGAGAAGCUUGUUCAUCAUGACCGACGACGCGUACACUCGAAUGCUUCACGGAAUCGCAGAACGUGAAACGGAUCUCAUCGAACCGGGCAAGGUGUUCAAUUGUACCGAGGAACUGGCGAAUAAGCGAUUGGAUCGUGAUACUCGGAUCUCCAUAACCGUACGGAAUGUUGAGAAAGUAUCGAAGCUGGGAGUAUUCGAUUUAUUGAAGAAAUAAUUUUGCUUUUUUUUGUGGUAUUUUGUGAUAAUUCGGGUUAAUUUAUAAACUUGUUAUGUUU